AUGAAGGCAAGAAAACCAUCGAAGUCUGCUCGCCCAACCGUGAUUGAUGCGGAGCCGGAGGAUAGAAUUAGUUGUUUACCAGGUCUUGUAAUAGACCAGAUUCUGUCACACUUGCCCAUUAGGCAUGCUGUGAAAACAAGUGCUUUAUCAAAAAUAUGGAGGUACAAAUGGACCACAAUACCAAAUCUUGUGUUUGAUAGACAAUGUGUCUCUGCAGCUUCCCAACAAUGCCCUUCACAAUUUGCGAGUGAAUUUUUGACAAUCAUUGAUCACGUACUUUCACUUCAUUCUGGGCUAAUCAACAAGUUUGUGCUCUUCUAUGAGGAUCCCAAUACUGCGACUGACUUUGAUAGCUGUAUACUUUAUUUAAGCGGAAGAUCUAUCAAAGAGCUUGAGCUGGAGAUAUGGAUUUGGCAGCGGUAUAACUUGCCUUGCUGCUUAUUUUCUUGUCAAAGUUUACAUCGUUUGACAUUAUGUCGUUGUUGCAUUAAUCCUCCAUCUUCGUUUAAAGAUACCUUUGAAAUUUUGAUAUCCGGAUGCCCUUUGCUUGAAGAUUUGACAUUGACAUGGUUUUAUGGCUUCCCCCAAGUUAUUAUUCACGCACCAAAUCUCAAGGUUUUUGACAUCACGGGUGGUGAAUUAGAGAGUAUUAUCUUUGAAAACACUUUCCAACUAGCUAAGGUAACUGUUGAUUUAAACAAGUUUCUGUACUUUGAAAGCAAUCAAAGUAGUUCGCAUGGAUGCUCUAGCAACUUGCUCAACUUUUUCAGUCAUCUACCUCACUUACAGAGCCUGGAGAUCCGUUGCUGUUUUUUAAAGUAUUUGGCUGCUGGUGUUGUGCCUGUAAAGUUUCCUACAUCUUGUAUCAAUCUAAAUUAUCUUAGGUUAAGUAUACGCUUCAAGCACUUGAAGGAAAUUUCGGCGGUUCUUUGCUUGCUCAGAAGCUCACCUAAUCUUCGAAAAAUAGAAUUAUAUGUGAGUACUCAUUUAGUUCGGUUUGAGUUUGAUUUCCUUUCGUAA